AUGGUGAUCUCCCAAUCCCCACCCUCUCGAAUCGCCCUCCAGCGCCUGCACAUAAUCCAAGCCACGACAGGAACAACCCCCCGCAGCCAAAUGGCAACCCUCGUCCCAGGCGCAGCGCCCUCUCGCGCACCAUGGCGCGACCUACUAACCUCCCAUCUCAACAAGACACCCUCCUACGACUUCACCAUCGCCACCGUCGCCCACGACGCCCAGAACCGGCCCGUGCCUCGCGUGCGCACCUGCGGCUGCCGCGGCUUCUUCCCCGAGCUCGAGCUGCAUCCCAACGGACAGGAAGAUAUGUGGCAGCAGGUAGACGAGGGCGAGAACCCGGCGGUGGUCGAGAGCGAUAUGCUGGCGUUCACGACGGAUGUGCGCAUGGAGAAGCUCUCGCAGCUCGAGUCGUCUGGACGGGCGAUUGAGGCUGUGUUUUGGUUUAAGGAUUUGAUGGCGCAGUGGCGGGUCAAAGGGAGGGCGUUUGCUAUUGGGGAUCCCAGGGGAGAACAGGCGGAACGGGUUGCGCGCAGUGAGAUCCAGAAGGGGUUGAGGGUUAAGCAUGGCGAUGAUCAUGGUGAUGAUGGCUCUGGUUUGGGGAAGUGGUCUUGGGAUAAGGCUGUGACCAAGUACUUUGCUAACCAUUCUCCGGUUAUGAGAGUUCCCAGUGACUCGGCCUUGGGUCUGGGUCAGAAAGUCAAGGACCUGCACGACCCUGUAGCACGGGCAAACUUCAGAGUCGUCGUCAUCCAGCCUGAAGAAGUGGAGCGCUUAGAUCUAACAGAUUAUGAGAAUCCCCGGCGCUGGAAAUGGACUUUGGUCAGUCAGCCUGUCGGAGAUGGUCAAGGUGACCAGUGGGCUGAAACCGAACUGUGGCCAUGA